AUGAAUAAAUUGAAGGCGAUAUUUGGCGGUGGGAAUAAUAAUAAUAGUAGUGGUAAUAGUAAGAAACAGAGUCAUAGCAAGACGGUUGGUACUAGCGAAACUAAUAGAGACAAAAACACAAAAAUGGCAUCGAUGGAGAGUAAACUGAGGAAUUUGACCGUUUCUGGUUCUCCGAGGUCCGCUGAAAUGGAUUAUGCGUUUGGUGGCGAUGCGGUGCCCAGGCAGCAAGUGGGUGAUGAUUCUGUGCGGGUUGACGAACAGGUGUUUCUGGAUGAGGGGGGCGAGUUCCCCGCAGAACAGCUCGUUGAAAACUCAGGGUCCUUCAGUUCUUCGAUGUCUGUCUCCUCCGCUUGCUCAUCGGACAUGAUCCUUUCCGAUGAGGCCACGGAUGACGUUCCGAUAACGGAGACCGCGAUUAAUGGCCCCUCGUCGUUCUUCAACGAACAAGAGGAGAUUACGGAUUAUUUCUUGGUGGAUAAGAUCGGGGAAGGUGCUUUUUCGAGGGUGUUCCGUGCGAAACCCGUCGGGGACAGUUUCUUGGCGAAGAACUACAAGGAGGUGGCAAUCAAAGUGAUCAAGAAGGAUCAUUUGACACCAGUAGCUACUGCGACUACUGCCGCGGGUGGUGCAGGGAACACCGAGAAACUAUCCACGAAGGAGCAAGUGUUGAAAGAGGUCACUUUGCACAAGAUCGUGUCUGGUAACUGCCCGAACGUUGUGAAGUUCAUCGAUUUCAAGGAGACCAGGUCGUACUACUACAUAGUACAGGAGCUUUUGAAGGGAGGGGAGAUUUUCAACGUCAUUGUCAAAUUCACUUACUUCUCGGAGGAUCUUUCGAGACACAUCAUUAGACAGUUGGGUGUCGCUGUGAAGCACCUCCACUCCAUCGGGAUCGUCCACCGUGAUAUUAAGCCGGAGAACUUGUUGUACGAACCCAUCAAAUACAUUGCAAACCCACACCCCAAAUUGAGGGAAUCAGAUGAUCCAAAUACGAAAUUGGACGAGGGGGUAUUCAUACUGGGUGUCGGUAGUGGUGGGAUCGGUACCGUUAAAUUGACCGACUUUGGGCUUUCCAAGCAAAUCUACCACGAUAAUACAAAGACGCCAUGCGGGACUGUUGGAUACACUGCCCCUGAAGUGGUCAAAGACGAGAGGUACUCGAUGCAAGUGGACCUUUGGGGGAUCGGGUGUGUUUUGUACACUAUGCUGUGUGGAUUCCCACCUUUCUACGACGAUAAGAUUGACGUUUUGACGGAGAAGAUCUCUAGAGGCGAGUACACAUUUUUAAGCCCCUGGUGGGACGAGAUCAGUGACGGUGCGAAGAAUUGUGUGAGAAACCUGUUGGAGGUGAACCCGGAGAAAAGGUACGACAUUGACGAGUUUUUAGCGGACCCCUGGCUGAACAAGUACGACAGCGAGGUGAAUUUGAAGUCAAGGAAGAAGUCGAGGGUCCCCGUGGUCCCCGAGAGAAGCAAGAUAAGGAAGAGCAGCACGCACAAGAAGAAGAUGAUGCAGAUGUUCCGGAACGAGGACCCGUCUAUCCUAUAUUCCCCAGCGGCGGUGGUGAUGCGGGAUGCAUUCGACGUGAGCAAUGCAGUCCAGCGUAUUGAGGAGGCGAAGAAACUUUCGCCACGGGCGAGACACGCCAAUCUAUAUUCACUGAAUGAGGAGGAGGACGAGGAAGGUUUGGAUGACAAGAUGCAAUUCAACGAGGAGUUAGAGUCGCACAACCUGAACGAACAGAAUUUCCCACUGAGUCUGAACGCGUCCACAAUCGUCCAAAGAAGGAAAGAGAAGCAGGGCAAGCUCAUGGAUAACAUGGUAGCAGAGGUUGUGUCGGUAUAA